AUGUUGGACCAAAGAAAAGAGUUUGAGAAAGGCCAGUCGAACUUUGAAGGCAGGUAUGAUUUGGUAAGAUUCCUUAGGCUUGUACAAGAGAAAGGAAUGUAUGCUACCCUUAGAGUUGGCCCUUUCAUCCAAGCUGAAUGGAAUCAUGGAGGACUUCCGUAUUGGCUAAGAGAGGUCCCCGACAUCAUAUUCCGUUCGAAUAAUGAACCUUUUAAGACACAUAUGACAGAAUAUGUAUCAUCGAUUAUAGAAAAAAUGAAACAAGAAAAACUCUUUGCUCCAGAAGGAGGCCCUAUCAUCUUGGCACAGAUUGAGAAUGAGUACAACCAUAUCCAACUUGCUUAUGAACAUGAAGGAGAUAGUUAUGUUCAAUGGGCUGCAAAAAUGGCAGUUUCACUAUAUAACGGAGUUCCAUGGAUCAUGUGCAAGCAAAAGGAUGCUCCUGAUCCAGUUAUUAAUGCUUGCAAUGGAAGGCACUGUGGUGAUACCUUCACAGGUCCAAACAAACCAUACAAACCAUCCAUCUGGACUGAAAACUGGACUGCUCAGUAUAGAGUAUUCGGAGAUCCACCGUCCCAAAGAUCUGCAGAAGACAUCGCCUUCUCAGUUGCUCGCUUCUUCUCUAAGAACGGAUCUUUAGUCAACUACUAUAUGAUACAAGAUUCUGUAGAAAUCCAAAAGCAUAAACGAAAAAAUACAGACGAAAAUAAAAGCGAUCUGAGAUGA